CCUUUACACUACCGAUAGCCUGUGAAAUAUUAAAAAGCCCUACUCAGUAUUAAUUGUAAUUAAGGUUUAUUAAACAAUGUGGGUGAACCUGUAAUCAGGUCAUCUUAUUUAUGCGUCGUUUAUCACAUCUACUGAAACGAACGGGAUAAACUAGAGUAACGAUAUCAGGAAAUCGUAAAUUAUGUGAACGAUAUCAGCAAGAAUUCGAGCUGUGUGAAAGGGAUGUUUUUAUUCCAUGUACAACACUUCAUUAACUUAUUCUUUGAGAGUUAUUGAUAUGUAGCUUAUAGUUACUGAUAAGACUAGCGGAUAUAAGUCGCCUCCGUCGUGGAAUGCACGUGAGACGUACAGCAACGGAGAGACCUGAGUGAACAUUAAGUAAACACUGAAAGUGCGGAUAAAAGUGUUAACGUACUUUAUUGAAGGAUGCCACACUGGUCUGAGAGGUUUCGAAUAAACAACAGUUUGGCCAGAGAGGCCCUAGCCGAAUUCCUGGGGACAUUCGUAAUGCUGUCGUUUGGAGAUGGCUCGGUAGCCCAGAAGGUCCUCAGCCAGGGCGACCUUGGCUCGGCCCUCUCCAUCCACUGGUCCUGGGGUAUCGGUGUCAUCAUGGGCGUGUUCGUGGCGGGGGGCGUGUCCGGGGCGCACCUUAACCCCUCGAUCACCCUUACCCUGGCCUUCCUCGGGCGCUUCCCCUGGCGCAAAGUGCUCGUCUACUGGCUGGCACAGUACGUUGGCGCAUUCGCGGCAGCCGCGUGCGUGUACCUGGUAUACUAUGACGCCCUGAAUAACUAUGACAGCGGUCACAGAGCAGUGAGCGGCGACCUUGCUACCGCCGGCCUCUGGGCUACCUACCCUCAGACGUACGUCUCGUCAUGGAACUGCCUAGGAGAUCAGGUGUGGGGUACGGCGAUGCUCAUGCUGUGUAUCCUCGCUAUCUCGGACCCACACAACGCCCAGCCGUCCAAGGCCGUCUCCGCCAUCAGCGUCGGCCUCCUCGUCGUCGUCAUAGGGAUGACAUUUGGUCUCAACUGCGGAUACGCAAUCAACCCCGCCCGCGACCUGGGCCCGAGGAUAUUCUCACUGAUAGGCGGGUGGGGCACGGAAACGUUUUCGUAUCGCGACUACAACUACUUCUGGAUCCCCGUCAUUGGACCCCACAUCGGCGCUCUGUUGGGGGCGGCGGUGUACCAGCUGUGUGUGGGGUUACACUGGCCCCGGGAGGAGGCACAGGAGGCGCCGCCAGACACGGAUCCUCAUGUGCAAGGUCACGUGGGUCCGUACAUGAGCAGCAACAAGCUAUAGUGACAUCGGACACACAUAUAUAAUAUGACCGUUUACUGUAUUAACUGUACAACACAUUCUGCGAAGUUGCCAGUCUUUUCAUAGACACCACAUUUCAUUUACGAACUACUCUCCUCGAUUCAGCUUCAAUGGUAAAUUCAUAUUCCCGGACUUUGCGUUCAUCAUUUAUCAUUCAUAUGUUUGAUCUUCUAUUUAUUAUAUAAAAUAAAUCUUGUGAAACGUGA